AUGGAGGGUUCGUCCAAAGGGUUGACAAAAGGAGCUUGGACUGCCGAAGAAGAUGCUCUCUUGAAGCAGUGUAUUGAUAAGUACGGAGAAGGCAAAUGGCAUCAAGUUCCUUUAAGAGCUGGUAUGGUUUAUUUAGUAUUUACACACACACACAAAAAAUAUUCUCCUUGUGGUUUUAAUGAACUAAACAUAUUGAUGUCACGUAUCAAGAGAGGAAAGCUUAGCACUGAUGAAGUUGAUCUCCUUAUUCGCCUUCAUAAGCUUCUAGGAAACAGGUGGUCCUUGAUUGCUGGUCGAUUGCCUGGUCGGACCGCUAAUGAUGUCAAAAACUACUGGAACACACAUUUGAGUAAGAAAACUGAAUCAUGUUGUAAGACUAAAAUGAGAAAGAAAAACAUAAUUUCCCAUCCUACUACAACAAUGGUCCAAAAAAUCAAUGUUUUUAAGCCCCGACCUCGAUCCUUCACGGCUAACAAUCCUUUCUGCAGCCAUCUGAACGGCCAACCCGAAGUUGAUGUAAUUCCUUCCAGCAAUGGACUCAACAACAACGAUGUUUGUGAGAAUAGUAUCACCUUUGACAAAGAUGAUGAUGAUUUUAUUAAUAAUCUAAUAAUUGAAGAUAAUAUGUGGUUGGAGAAUUUACUCGACGAGAUCCAAGAACCAGAUGCGAUAGUUCCCGAAGCCACGACAAGUGAACAAGGGAACACUAUGGCGUUUGAUGUUGAGAAUCUUUGGAGUUUGUUCAAUGGAGAGACUGUGGAACUUGAUUAGUGUUUGUAUUUUCUUACUGUUUUUAUUUGCGUAUGUGUGUGGGUAUCUUUUCGUAUUU